AUGGCGGCCGAGGGCAGGGUCGAGGUCGUUGACGACAAGAAGCUGAAGAAGGAGAAGAAGAGCAAGGACAAGUCGGAGAAGAAGGAUAAGAAGCGCAGCGAGAGCGAGGGCGUCCGCAAAGAGAAGAAGGACAAGAAGAAGGACAAGGCGAAGCAAGACAAGCUCGCCCGCGCCCUCGAUGCCCAUCUCCAAGCCGAUGCCGCCGCGGCCUUCGAGGCCCAGGACGACGCGGCCGAUGUCGAUCCCGAGGACCUGAUCAAGCCCGCCGAGGAGCUAGUUCCGUUCGCGCUGCCGCUCGCCGACGACAAGGCACACAAGAAGAUCUUCAAGCUGAUCAAGAAGGGCGCCAAGCUCAGGUCGAUCCACCGCGGCGUAAAAGAGUGCGAGAAGGCGAUCAAGAAGUGCCCGCCCAAGACGGCGGCGUCGGGCGAGGUGGCGGCGCCGGGGCUGGUCAUUAUCGCGGGCGACAUCUCGCCCAUGGACGUCAUCAUGCACUUCCCCGUGCUGUGCGAGGAGCACGGCGUGCCGUACCUGUACGUGCGGUCGCGCGCCGACCUCGGCGUGGCCGCGUGCACCAAGCGCGCGACCAGCGUGGUGAUGCUCAAGCCCGAGGGCAAGGGCGCCGCCAAGAAGGACGGCGAUGCCGAGAUGGAGGACGCCGACAGCGGCAAGGUCAAUGCCGAGGAGUACCUCGACGCGUGGAAGGAUUUGGUCAAGACGGCCGAGAAGCAGUGGAAGAUCCAGGUCCAGCCGUGGGUCAAGGGCACACACCCUCUGCAAAUUGCCGACAGGGAGAAGGCGCGGCUGGCGGCGAGCGCUUGA